AUGCAGGAAAACAACUCCGAUAAUGUGUUAAAUACCGGUAUUCAACAUUCUACAACAAGUCGUAAGAGAAGAAUAUCUUCUGGCAGACUGCAUGAAUGCCUUGGAUACAGCUACUCAACAUUUUAUCGCCGUCAAAAACGGUUACGUGAUGCAGCAUUUAGUGACUGGGACUUAUGGAAACGUUACUGCUCAUCUGCAGAAGAGGUGGCAAGGGAUAAUACAGUAACUAUACCUUCAAGUUCAGCUGUCCAGGGAACAGCGGGUUCACCUAGUAGUAGUGAGACCGUCGCUGUUGUUUCACAAAUUGAAGAGAAUCGUAACAUUUAUUAA